AUGGCCGACACCAAGCGUCCCUCCUCGCCUCCUGCCGCGCCUGGCGCCGGCUCGUCGUCCGCCUUCACCGUCACGCGGCCCCCUGGCGCCAACGCGGUCCGCCGCCGCGCCCCCGCUGCCCCCCGCCCCUCGUCGGCCCGCGCGGCCGGCGCCGGAGGCUCGAGCAACACCAUGCUCAAGCUGUACACGGACUCUGGGGACGCCGGUCUCAAGGUCGACCCCUUCGUCGUCAUCGUCCUGGCCCUCUCCUUCAUCGCCUCCAUCUUCUUCCUCCACAUCGCCGCCAAGAUUGUCCGCGCCUUCACCAACUAA